UCUCACUCCGUGCCAGCUGAGCGUCAAUUCCUACCGCAUCAUUCACUCGGUAAUCGCCCUUGCUGAGGUGAAGAUGUUCCGCCUAGAAGCCUUUCAUUUUUUUGAAAAUUAUAUGAUGUCGAGAAACGUUCGGUACUCUCGAUACUACCUCUGCUCCCGGAGGAAGAUGCAAAAGAUCAUUCCCGAGGGCAUGUACGACUCGGAGAAGUGGGCCUCUGACUACGUCGAAGUUCGAGGAAAUUUCCAAUUCCCCGAACACGAAUACGGUCAGUUUGAAAUAGCCACACGCAGAGGCACGCCGAGUAAGAACACUUGUCCGUUAUUUCAAAUGUUUAUUUCUGUUGCUCUGAUUUCAGUUGUAAAAAUUUAACUAACGAUUUCAUGCUUUUCUUCGGCAGAUACCACCAAGAUCAACAAGGUACUGUUAAGGGCCGCCAAAGGUUGCGGUCUUGCCGACUCCCUGCUCACUAUCCCAGCGGAGGAAAGAGACGCCCCAACCAUCCUCAAAUAUACAGCUACCUACGGCGGUCGGAUCCGACGAAAGGUAACUGACGAGCCUGAGCAGUCCGAGGACAUUCCACAAGAGCUCCAACCGAGCUUCGACAAACCCCUCCGAGGGUCAAUCCGACUUCCGACCGAGGAAGAGCCUUUCCUAGAACAACAAGAAGUUAUGCCUCCGAGAAAUAUCAAGGAGGUUCUCCAGAAGAAGCUGGAGGAAAAAGAGAGGGAGAAGGCCCGACUGCAGAAGGCUGGGGAUGCAGCCGCUUCGGGCUCGGUCCCGAGCAAGAAAGUCCCACCUCCCCCACCCUCUAAAAAGCGACCACUGAGCGCUCCUCCUUCCCCGAAGGAACCACCUGCGAGCAAGAAGGUGAGGGCGGCCACUAAGGGAAAGGGCCAAGAGGUGGAGCACCCGAAAGAAGCGGCCGCAGAAGGAGAAGGGAGGGUGACUGCCUUCGAUCUUGACAUCCCAUGGGUGCCGAGCUUCAUAACACUUGGCAAGAAACAGGUCCUCAAAUCGGAUAGCCUGAGGGAGGAUCCCUCCCUGGCUUUCACCCUCCACUCGGGGCUAGCUUUGCCGAGGGAUGUACAGAAUCCCCCCUCCCUGAAAGCAGCCCUGAGUGAAUACUACUAUCACGCAGGAAGGGCUACCCAGUCCAUAAUGAGUGCCCAGCUGCAUCUCACCGAAUAUGACAAGAAGUCAAAACUGCAAAAGCAGUCGGUGGAAUACAACAAGGCCCUGGCCGAGGAGUAUAAGAAGGGCUUGGAGCAAUCCGAGCUCGUGAGGCAAAGCCUCGAGGUUCAGGUCGCCAAUCAAAAUGACCUUAUCAAGGGGUUGCAGGAGUCUACCGAGCAGACCAGAGCCGAAGGAAAAGAUGAGGGGCUGGCCGAGGGGAGAGCCUUGGGGAGGGAAGAGAUGAAGAAGGAGAUGGAGAAAAAGGUGCAGGGGCAGUACGAGAAAGGAUACGCCCAGGCCGAAGAGGACGUGACCGAUCAAGUCCUUGAAGUGCAGGACGAGAUCAAGGAGGCCCAGCACAAAGAGAGCUUUAUGCUCGGCUACAACAUGGGUCUCGACGAUGCAGGCGCUGAAGCUGACGACGAAAGGAGGAGUCUGGUGGAAAUACCACCCUUCGCCCCUGCCGAAGUCACAGCAGAGGAUACAACAGCCGACGCUAUCGACUCGACCACCCUACCAGCCCCGGCCGAAGCUCCAAUCCCACAGGCCCAAAUCGACGCUCCAACCCCACCAGCUCCAGCCGAUGCUGCAGCGGAUUAG